AUGGUCGGCAACGGAUGCGUGGCCAUCGCAUGUGACAAGCGUCUGGGGUUGAACGGACAGCAUACUAUCAGCUCUAACUUCCCUAAGGCCUUCAAGAUCACGGAUUCCACCUACUUUGCCGCCUGCGGGCUCGCUACCGACGUUCAGACACUUAAGGGAGAAAUCGAGUUCAAGGCCAACAUGUACGAGCUGAACUGCAUGAAAAAGAUGGAGGUUAAAACGCUCGCUCACAUGGUGGGAUCGUUGCUGUACUCGCGGCGAUUCGGACCGUGGUUCGUCUCCAGCAUCAUUGCCGGGCUCGACAAGCACAACGCGCCAAAGCUCUACUGCUUUGACCUCAUCGGAGCGCCCUGCAAUGCGGACGACUUUGUGGUGGUAGGCACGUGUUCGGAGCAGCUGUACGGUAUCUGCGAGUCCCUCUACCGACCCAACAUGGAUCCGCCGGAGCUCUUCGAAACUAUUUCGCAGUGCCUCAUGGCCGCCAUCGAUCGCGACUGCCUCUCCGGUUGGGGAGCAGAGGUGCACCUCAUAACUCCGGAGAAGAUCACCGUCUCUACGCUGAAGACCAGGAUGGACUGA